AAGAAAGUUUUAGUAUAAAACCAGAGGAAGCUUAUCUUUGCGAAGAGCUCAACAAUGGCCACCGAAGUUCUUCCACUCCACUUGGGUGUGAAGAAUCUGGUGGAUUCGGGCCUGGACAAGCUGCCCGGCAUUUACAUCCAAUCCAAAGAGGAGCGCCCAAAUGCCGUUCAUCGCGAGGAAAGCUUCCCAGUCUUGGAUCUUGGCGCCGCCUUGAAUUCGAGCGAGGCUCGAGCAGCGCUUGUCCCGCAAAUCCGUGAAGCUUGCGUGCAAUGGGGCUUCUUCCAGGUGAUCAAUCACGGUGUUCCCCAUUCUUUGGUGGAUGAAAUGCAAUCGGUGGCUCGCGAAUUCCACGCUCUCGCAAACGAGGAGAAAAUGCGCUACUUCUCCACAGACACAGAAUCCCGAAUGAGGUAUGGAACCAGCUUCAAUGUCACACAAGACAAGGUCUUUAGCUGGAGAGAUUACCUCCGCCAUAGCUGCCUCCCACUGGCCGAGAUGCAAGAACUCUGGCCUGAAAAGCCAGCAUCUUACAGGAAAGUUACUGCCGAUUACUCCACUCGCGUUCGCAACCUUGCAAAGUUCCUCCUGGAGCUCAUCUCCGAGAGCUUGGAUCUUCCAAAGGAUUACAUCGACAAGGCAUUCAAUGGCUGCUCGCAAGUCAUGGCUCUCAACUUCUAUCCUGCUUGCCCCGAGCCCGAUCUGGUGCUGGGAAUCGGCCCACACUCGGACCCCGGAUCGAUCACGCUGCUGCUCCAAGAUCACGUCGAGGGUCUCCAGGUGAUGCACGGUAACGAGUGGUACUCCGUGAAGCCCAUACCUUACUCGUUCGUGGUCAAUCUGGGCGACCAGAUCCAGAUUUUGAGCAAUGACAAGUAUAAGAGUGCCCAGCACAGGGCUGUGGUUAAUAGCAGUGAAGAUCGAAUGUCCAUUCCAGUGGCAAUUGGGCCAAAUUGGGAGAGUUUGGUGCACCCAGCGAGCAAAUUGGUGGAGGGCUCUCCAGUGUUUAAGCCUAUGGUUUAUAAGGAUUAUAUGACGGCUUUGCAAGCUGGGGGACUUAAUCGCCAGUGGCUCUUGGACACUCUGAGGAUUUAAUUUGAUUUUGAAAUGGAAGUUAAUUGUUCAAAAUAGAAAAACAAAAUAAAAGCACUAAAAUAAAAUAACCACUAAAAUAAAAGCACUCUUCACCAA